CCCUACCGGCAAUGCCGGACCUGGUUUCCAAGAGCAGAUUUUUUUGGAGAACGCAACAGCGCUGCUAGACUGCGUUUGGUAUCCGAGCACAGCACGCCCGGCGCCCGGUCUCCAGUCGCCGGCGGGGCAGCAGCACCGGGAGGAAGAGGAGAAAAUCCGAGGAGGGGCCGGCGCCGCACUCCGCCAGAGGCCAGAAUGUCAUCCCGGGAGAUGUGAAUCCAGUCGGUGCGAGCGACAGAGACACGGAGGAGGGGGGUCCAUCGUAACGUUCGAGUUGUUCCCCGCUACCCCAGCUGCGGGCAUCGCCUCCCGAUCGCUGCUCAGAAGGGACUCCCGAGGCUGGGCACACGCGCGGCGCUGCGCCCGUCCUCCCCUCCAUUUCGGCUUUUUUUUUUUUUUUUUUUAAUUGAAUUUAUUCCUCGCGUGCGUGCGUGCGGGAGCCUGGCUGCAUCGCGCGUUCGGUGCGGAGCGGCGCGUGGGGAGCCGCAGGAAGAUGUUGACUUAGCCCCGGCAGAGGCUCCCGGCCGGCCGCGCCGAGCAGAAGCCGCCCGUGCCGAGCGCUGCCCCAGCCCGCCGAGCCGCAGCGCCGGCUGCCGCCCGCCCCAGCCCGGGCACCGACCGCGCCGCGCUCCCGCCGCUCCGCGGGGCCGCCCGGACCGCGGGUCCCGCCGGGGACACCCGCCCCGGGGACACCCGCCCCGGCCGCCUCCGGCUCGCACGCACAGGUAUGAAGAUGAAUAAUGCAGGCCACUGGUUUCGAUGAUGCUGGGCUUUUAUAACUGGAUUCAUUAAGGAAUACAAAGAAAAUUCUUACAGGGAUCAAUAAUGGUGUCUUCUGGCUGCAGAAUGAGAAGUUUUUGGUUUCUGCUCCUUGUCAGCUUCCUGCAGUGUACUGAAGGUUUCAGCCGGGCAGCACUCCCGUUCGGUUUGGUGAGGAGGGAGCUCUCCUGCGAAGGUUACUCCAUCGACCUGCGGUGCCCGGGCAGCGAUGUCAUCAUGAUAGAGAGCGCCAACUACGGGCGGACAGACGACAAGAUCUGUGAUGCUGACCCCUUCCAGAUGGAGAACACAGAGUGCUUCCUGCCAGACGCCUACAAGAUUAUGACACAAAGGUGCAACAACCGAACACAGUGUAUAGUAGUUACUGGGUCAGAUGUGUUUCCUGAUCCUUGUCCUGGAACAUACAAAUAUCUAGAAGUUCAGUAUGAAUGUGUUCCUUACAAAGUGGAGCAAAAAGUUUUUGUUUGCCCGGGGACGUUGAAAGCAAUUGUGGACUCACCGUAUUUAUACGAAGCUGAACAAAAAGCAGGUGCUUGGUGCAAGGACCCUCUCCAGGCUGCAGAUAAAAUCUACUUCAUGCCCUGGACUCCGUACCGCACCGACACUCUGAUAGAGUUCGCAUCUCUGGAGGACUUCCAGAGCGGCCGCCAGCAGACGACGUACAAACUGCCGAACCGCGUGGAUGGCACCGGCUUCGUGGUGUACGACGGCGCCGUCUUUUUCAACAAGGAGAGAACGAGGAACAUAGUGAAGUUUGACUUGAGGACUAGAAUUAAGAGCGGGGAGGCCAUAAUCAAUUAUGCUAAUUACCACGACACGUCCCCGUACCGGUGGGGGGGAAAGACUGACAUUGACUUGGCGGUGGAUGAAAAUGGCUUGUGGGUGAUUUACGCCACGGAGCAGAACAACGGGAUGAUCGUGAUCAGCCAGCUGAACCCCUACACCCUGCGCUUCGAGGCCACCUGGGAAACGACGUACGACAAGCGGGCGGCGUCCAACGCCUUCAUGAUCUGCGGGGUCCUGUACGUGGUGCGCUCGGUGUACCAGGACAACGAGAGCGAGACCGGCCGCAACGCCAUCGACUACAUCUACAACACCAGGCUGAGCAGGGGCGAGCACGUGGACAUCCCCUUCCCCAACCAGUACCAGUACAUCGCCGCCGUGGAUUACAACCCCAGGGACAACCAGCUGUACGUGUGGAAUAACAACUUCAUCCUGAGAUAUUCUUUGGAGUUCGGCCCACCCGACCCUGCCCAAGUGCCUACCACAGCAGUGACAAUAACUUCUUCAGCAGAGCUGUACAAAACCACAGUGUCAACCACUAGCACCACGUCCCAGAAGGGUCCCAUAAGCACAACACUAGCUGGAGGAACAAAGGAAGGAAGCAAAGGACCCAGACCACCGCCACCCGUUUCCACAACCAAAAUUCCUCCCGUGACAAGUUUUUUCCCUUUGCCAGAGAGAUUCUGUGAACCGACUGAGGCCAGGGGGAUUAGCUGGCCUCAGACACAACGAGGAAUGAUGGUUGAACGCCCUUGCCCCAAAGGAACACGAGGAACUGCCUCGUAUCUCUGCGUGGUCUUAACGGGAAUGUGGAACCCCAAAGGCCCUGAUCUUAGCAACUGUACCUCACACUGGGUAAAUCAGCUGGCUCAGAAGAUCAGAAGUGGGGAAAAUGCUGCUAGUCUGGCCAAUGAACUGGCUAAACACACCAAAGGCCCAGUGUUUGCUGGCGAUGUGAGUUCCUCAGUGAGGCUGAUGGAACAGCUCGUGGACAUUUUGGAUGCUCAACUCCAGGAACUACGGCCCAGUGAAAAGGACUCUGCUGGAAGGAGUUAUAACAAGCUCCAAAAACGAGAGAAGACAUGCAGGGCUUACCUUAAGGCAAUUGUGGAUACAGUGGACAACCUGCUCAGGCCUGAAGCUCUGGAGUCCUGGAAGGACAUGAAUUCUUCAGAGCAAGCCCAUGCAGCCACAAUGUUACUUGAUACAUUAGAAGAAGGGGCUUUUGUUUUGGCUGAUAAUCUUCUAGAACCAACCAGAGUCUCAAUGCCCACAGAAAACAUUGUUUUGGAUGUUGCAGUGCUCAUUACUGAGGGCCAGGUGCAGGACUUGAAAUUUCCUCAGGGCAGUAAAGGAGGCAACUCGAUUCAGCUCUCGGCGAGCACCGUGAAGCAGAACAGCAGGAACGGAUCAGCAAAGCUGGUUUUCAUCAUCUACAAAAGCCUGGGCCGUUUCCUCAGCACCGAGAACGCCACCAUAAAGCUGGGCAGCGACCUGGCCGGGCGGAACAGCACCAUCGCCGUCAACUCGCACGUCAUCGCCGCCUCCAUCAACAAGGAGUCGAGCAGGGUGUACCUCACCGACCCCGUGCACUUCACACUGGAGCACAUCGACCCUGACAAUUAUUUCAAUGCAAAUUGCUCCUUCUGGAACUACUCAGAGAGGACUAUGAUGGGGUACUGGUCAACGCAAGGCUGCAAACUGGUUGACACGAAUAAAACUCACACGACGUGUGCUUGCAGCCACCUGACCAACUUUGCAAUUCUUAUGGCUCGUCGGGAGAUUGUGUACAAAGAUGGAGUGCACGAAUUGCUCCUCACUGUCAUCACCUGGGUGGGAAUUGUCAUCUCUCUUGUUUGCCUGGCCAUCUGCAUCUUCACAUUCUGUUUUUUCCGUGGCCUGCAAAGCGAUCGUAACACUAUUCACAAGAACCUUUGUAUCAACCUAUUCAUUGCUGAGUUCAUUUUCCUCAUAGGCAUCGAUAAGACAGAGUACAAGAUUGCAUGUCCGAUAUUUGCAGGUCUCUUACACUUUUUCUUCCUGGCAGCCUUUGCCUGGAUGUGUCUAGAAGGAGUGCAGCUUUAUCUAAUGUUAGUAGAAGUAUUUGAAAGUGAAUAUUCUAGAAAGAAGUACUAUUAUGUUGCUGGCUACCUCUUCCCUGCUACAGUAGUUGGUGUCUCAGCAGCUAUUGACUACAAGAGCUACGGAACAGAGAAAGCUUGCUGGCUCCAUGUAGAUAACUAUUUUAUCUGGAGUUUCAUUGGACCUGUUACCUUUAUUAUUCUGCUGAAUCUUAUCUUCCUGGUGAUCACAUUGUGCAAAAUGGUGAAGCACUCAAACACUUUGAAACCAGACUCUAGCAGGUUGGAAAACAUUAAUAAUUACCGUGUUUGUGAUGGCUACUAUAAUACGGACUUACCUGGCUAUGAAGAUAAUAAGCCAUUUAUCAAAUCCUGGGUCCUGGGUGCAUUUGCUCUCCUGUGUCUCCUUGGCCUAACAUGGUCAUUUGGCCUGCUGUUCAUAAACGAGGGGACUGUUGUGAUGACCUAUCUCUUCACAGUAUUUAAUGCUUUCCAAGGAAUGUUUAUAUUCAUCUUUCAUUGUGCCCUCCAAAAGAAAGUGCGUAAGGAGUAUGGGAAGUGCUUCCGACACUCCUACUGCUGUGGGGGGCUGCCCACGGAGAGCCCCCACAGCUCAGUGAAGGCAUCCACCACCAGAACCAGCGCCCGCUACUCCUCUGGCACCCAGAGUCGUAUAAGGAGGAUGUGGAAUGACACUGUGAGAAAACAAUCUGAAUCGUCUUUUAUCUCAGGUGACAUCAACAGCACUUCAACACUUAAUCAAGGAAUGACUGGCAAUUACCUACUAACAAACCCUCUUCUUCGACCACACGGCACUAACAACCCCUAUAACACAUUGCUCGCUGAAACAGUUGUAUGUAAUGCCCCUUCAGCUCCUGUGUUUAACUCACCAGCAACCUACAGAGAGACAAGACAUUCACUGAACAAUGCCAGGGAUACAAGUGCCAUGGAUACUCUACCGCUAAAUGGUAAUUUCAACAACAGCUACUCGUUGCGCAACGGAGACUAUAACGACAGCGUGCAAGUCGUAGACUGUGGACUAAGCCUGAAUGAUACUGCUUUUGAGAAAAUGAUCAUUUCAGAGUUAGUGCACAACAACCUGCGGGGCAGCAGCAAGAACCACAACCUGGAGCGGGCGCUGCCGGCCAAGGCGGCGAUGGGCGGGAGCAGCAGCGAGGACGACGCCAUCGUGGCCGACGCCUCGUCUUUGAUGCACAGCGACACCCCGGGGCUGGAGCUGCACCACAAAGAGCUCGAGGCCCCGCUCAUCCCUCAGCGGACUCACUCCCUUCUGUACCAGCCCCAGAAGAAAGUGAAGCCCGAGGGCACGGACAGCUACGUGUCCCAGCUGACCGCCGAGGCCGACGACCACCUCCAGUCCCCCAACAGAGACUCCCUUUACACGAGCAUGCCCAACCUCAGAGACUCUCCGUACCCAGAGAGCAGCCCCGACGUCGAGGAGGAUCUCUCUCCCUCCAGGAGGAGUGAAAACGAGGACAUUUACUACAAGAGCAUGCCAAACCUAGGAGCUGGCCACCAGCUUCAGAUGUACUAUCAGAUCAGCAGGGGUAACAGCGACGGCUACAUAAUUCCCAUUAACAAGGAAGGAUGUAUUCCAGAAGGAGAUGUUAGAGAAGGACAAAUGCAACUAGUGACAAGCCUUUAAUAGUGUAGCAAAGAAAUAUUAAAGGCCACGUUCAAGUAUUAAAAAGACUUAAUUUGCCCCGUGCAGGCUCCCUCAUAUCUGCUUGAAGAGACAAUUCUGUUGACCCUGUGGUUCUCCAGUGACGGAGAUGACUGGACCUCGCAGUUCUGUGAAUUUUUAUAAAACAAAAACUUUGUAUAUACACAGAGUAUACUAAAAUGAAUUAUUUGUUACAAAGAAAAGAAAAAUACCAACAAGGUAUUUAAGAUAUCUUCUGCUGCUGAAUUUAACAAAAUUGUGAAAAAAAAAAAAAAAAGAGAGAAAUAAACACUUUCCAGCCAUUUUACUGCAGCAGUUUGUGAACUAAAUUUGUAAAUAUGGCUGCACCAUGUUUUUUUUCCUAGGCCUACAUUGUAUUAUAUACAAGGCGUAGGCUUUAAAAUCCUGUGGGACAAAUUUACUGUACCUUACUAUUCCUGACAAGACUUGCAAAAGCAGGAGAGAUAUUCUGCAUCAGUUUGCAGUUCACUGCAAAUCUUUUCCAUUAGGGCAAAGAUUGAAUACAUGUCUAACCACUAGCAAUCAAGCCACAGGCCUUAUUUCAUAUAUUUCCUCAACUGUACAAUGAACCGUUCUCAUGAAAAAAUGGCUAAAGAAAUUAUAUUUUGUUCUAUUGCUAGGGUAAAAUAAAUACAUUUGUGUCCAACUGAAAUAUAAUUGUCAUUAAAAAAUAAUUUUAAAGAGUUUGAAGAAAAUAUUGUGAAAAGCUCUUGGUUGCACAUACGUUAUAAGCUGUUUUUCUUACACUGUUCAUAGUACGGUAGUAUGUUUAAAAUGCAACUUCUACCCAUUUUCACUUAUUUUUCACUGUAAACAGUGUUCUGCUUUGACAAGUUAGUUUUUAUUCUUAAGUUUUUGAAUUUUUAUUGCCAAAAAAACCGUAAUUUUGGGAGAAAAUUGUUUUAGAAGCCAAUUAUGCCAAGCCUUGCACAAAUUUGGUAUAGCUAACAAAGAUUGUAACUCAGUUCCCUGUUCAGUCUUUAAUCAGGGUUGGGUGGUAAGGGGUAAGGGGGACACUGGACACUUCUCACAAGCUUUCUCGUGAAUAAAAGGUGCCUGUCCUUUAAAAAAAAUAAAUAAAACAUAACUAUUACUCUUCCAUAUUC